GCCGUCCGCUGCAUCCGUUCACUUCACCCCGCGUCCGCUGUCUCGGUCCCUCUCUGCGACGACUGGGUGGGCUACCGCCGCCGCCGCCGCCGCUGCCGCCCGACGCCAGGUGCCGAGGCCUUUUCUGUCUCGUCACCGUCGAGGCGGAGACGAUCACUCACUAGGUUUUAGGUCCGCAGGGCGCACGCCGUAGCUGCACUGCCCGAGCGGGUGCGGUGACCCUGUGCAGCGGCAGUGGCAGAAGUGGCUGUCGCAGGCCAGCAUCUUGGCUCCCGGUGGCCGCGUGGGUCAGCAGCAGUCUGCAGGCCGCACGCACACCGCAGCCAGGCUGCCAAGCAGGCGGCUCUGUGUUGCCUGUUUGGGUGAUUUGCCUCUGUUCCUUGCAGUUGCCGAUUGCAAAUUUGCAAUAGAAGAGUACCGGCUGAGGCUUGGUAUUAUUGGACUAUUGCAGCCAGCAAGAGGACACCAUGAAGCUUGAUGUGAACGCCCUUCGCUACCUCUCUAAGGAUGACUUCCGCGUCCUCACCGCUGUCGAGAUGGGCAUGCGCAACCACGAGAUUGUUCCAGCAGAACUUGUCGACAGGAUUGCCGGACUGAAGCAUGGAGGCACAUACAAAGUGCUGAGGAAUCUUUUGAAGAACAAGCUAGUGCAUCAUGAUGCAACUAAAUAUGAUGGAUAUCGGCUCACCUAUCUAGGAUAUGACUUCCUUGCCAUCAAGACUUUAGUUAAUCGAGGAGUUUUUGCUUCAGUUGGCCGUCAGAUCGGUGUUGGAAAGGAGUCUGAUAUAUUUGAGGUCGCCACAGAGGAUGGUACAGUACUCGCCAUGAAGCUUCAUAGGUUGGGCAGAACAUCUUUUAGGGCUGUGAAAUCUAAGCGUGACUAUCUAAGGCACCGAAGGAGCUUUAAUUGGCUGUACCUCUCACGACUUGCAGCCUUGAAGGAAUUUGCCUUUAUGAAGGCUUUAGGGGACCAUGGUUUCCCUGUUCCAACUGCUGUGGAUUGCAAUCGGCAUUGUGUGAUCAUGUCACUUGUGCAGGGAUAUCCUCUUGUUCAAGUGAAAGAGUUACAAAAUCCAGAUGAUGUUUUUGACACAAUUCUUGGUCUUAUCGUUCGUUUGGCGGAGCAUGGACUGAUACAUUGUGACUUUAAUGAGUUCAAUAUCAUGAUUGACGAUGAUGAAAAAAUUACGGUUAUUGACUUUCCACAGAUGGUAUCUGUUUCUCAUCGUAAUGCCCAAAUGUUUUUUGACCGAGACAUUGAAUGCAUCUACAAAUUCUUUAACAAAAGGUUCAAUCUGACGUCUGAGAAAAUUGAAGAGCAAGCUGGAUCUGAAAGUGAUGAUGAAGGGAAUAGCAGACCUUCCUUUUUGUCUGUGAAAAAGGCUGCUGGUUCCUUGGACAAGGAACUAGCUGCCAGUGGAUUUACCAGGAAAGAGCAAGUGGAGAUGGAGAAGUACAUUGAGGAAGAUGCUGAAGGGUCAGAUGAUGAUGAUGAUGAUGAUGAUGAUGAUGAUGACAAGGACGAGGUUGGUGAUGCUGUGCCUUUGGUUUCCUUGAAGAUAGACCAGGAUGGUUCUGAUGAGCCUGAUUGUAAACUUGGCUCAAGGGAUUCAAAUGUGCCUGGAACUUUUUCUGAAGAGCAUGGAACAAGUUGUAGCAGUGAGAACAGAUUGGAAACUCCACCCUCAGAUGGCAAUGGAGAGGCUAUGACACCACUUCAAUCUGGGGGCAAGACGCUUUCCCAGGAAGAUGACGAUAAUGAUGAUGACUCAUCAGAGGGCGAUGAUGAAGAAGAUGAUGCUGAGCUCGCAAAACAAUUGAACAAACAAAGGAAAAAGGCAAUAGCAGCUGCCCAUGGGCGGAGAAGGCCAGUGUCAUCCAGGAACGCUUACAAGGACAAGGGUAAGGGCACCAUGAACUCCAAGAUCCAGAGGCAGGCGUGCAAGUGGUGAAGGUUGAAUUUCUGCUGUGCCUCUUGCGGCAAUGCUAAAAUAGAUGAAGUGUAGGAUUUUGUAUGGUUGUAGAAUCGAAGGUCAAGGACCCCUGUACUAGAAUCAACUCCAGCCUUUUUGUUAUGUCGUAUACCUUUUGUACACGGUUCUGAUGAGAUAAUACCAUGAUGCUUAUGGCUACCAACUGAGUAUCUGAUAAUACAUGUUUGGGAGCUGCCUAGUCAGCACAGCCCGGGUUCCCUGUGUGGUACCCCAUCCCAAA